AUGUCAUUGUCUGGAGCCCAAAAAAUUGUGCUAGUUAGUAACACAGUAGAAUGUAAAGCAACCUGCUUAAAUGACUGCUCCUGCACUGCUUAUGCUUACAAGAGCAAUAGUUGUUUAAUUUGGAAUGGAGAUCCUAUGAGUCUACAGCAGCUGCCACUGAAUGACAGCAGUGGAAAACUUUCUUUAAGAAGAAGAAGAAAGAAAAUGGUCAGAGCUGGAAAAUCAAUGGAAGGUUCGCUGGUGGUCUUUGAGUACAGGUACUUGCAAAAUGCAACAGACAACUUCUCAGAGAAAUUGGGAGGAGGAGGAUUUGGUUCCCUUUUUAAAGGGACACUGCCAGAGUCAACUGUCAUUGCAGUGAAGCAGCUUGAUAGCAUUAGCCAAGGAGAGAAGCAAUUUCGGGCAGAGGUCAGCACAAUUGGGACAAUCCAACAUGUUAAUCUUGUUCACCUUCAUGGUUUUUGCUCUAGAGGCACCAAAAAAUUGUUGGUCAACGAUUACAUGCCAAAUGGCUCUUUGGAUUCUCACAUUUUCCAAACUAACGAUUCAAAGAGAGUGCUAACCCACUGUGAUAUUAAACCAGACAACGUUCUAUUAGAUUGUGAAUUUUGUCCAAAAGUGGCAGAUUUUGGGCUGGCAAAACUUGUGGGAAGGGAUUUCAGCAGGGUCCUGACGACCAUAAGAGGGACAAGAGGUUAUGUUUCACCAGAGUCGAUUUCAGGAGUAGCAAUAACAGCAAAAGCUGAUGUUUACAGCUUUGGAAUGAUGAUUUUUGAAAUUAUAUCAGGAAGGAGAAAUUCAACGUACCAUAUUGAAGGCGAAGUAAGUUUCUUCCCAAUUUGGGCAGCAAAAAUAACAAUUGAAGGAGGUGAUGUUUUCAGUUUUGUAGACCCAAGGUUGAAGGGAAAUACUGAUCCAGAAAGGCUAAUUAGAGUUCGUAGAUUGGCUUGUUGGUGCAUCCAAUAUGAAGAAACUCAAAGGCCAUCAAUGGGUCAAAUUGUUCAAAUCCUCGAGGGGCUUAUAAACGUGAACUUGCCGCCGCUUCCAAGAUUAUUCCUGGCUUUUGUUGAUAACCCGGAUGAAAUUAUUUCCUCCACCAUAUGGUCCUCUAGUGCAGAGAGUCCACAAGCAAGCAACGGCAUGUCUACAGCUUCAUCUAGAGUAAAAUGCAACGAAUCUUCUUCAUUACUGAUGUCCUAA